UACCCUCACCCCAUGACUAAAGCCAACUGGCAUGUUUUGAUCCUUCACAAAUUUGAGAAAAAAAAUAAAGCCGAAGGAUAAAGCAAAGGACAAAGCUAGUCUACUAUUGAGUGUGCUAAGUUUGGUUUUUAUACCUUACACUCUUCUUCUUUUUCUCUUUCCCCACUUAUAAAUACACAACCAUAAUCAAUCUUUACUUUAUUAUAAAUCAACCCUUUAUUUUUCUUCCUCAAAAAAAAAAAAAAAAAAAAGUACAUUUUUUUAUUUUCAAGAAUGAAUAUAUCAGGUUCUGAAUGUAGCAGUGGGUGUGAAUCUGGAUGGACAAUGUACUUAGAUCAACUUUCAAAUUCUGCAGAUCAAUACAACACAAGAGAUUUUAGUAAUAAUAAUAAUAAUCAAUAUGGGAUAUAUAAAACACAGUAUGUUGUUGAUGAAGAUCAAGAAGAUGAAGAUAUGUCUAUGGUUUCUGAUGCAUCAUCUGGUCCACCACAUUUUCAUGAAGAACAAUAUUGUUUUGAUGAAAAUGGAUAUAUUUUUUAUCCUUCUGCAGCUUCUGAAAGCACAAAAAAGGCAAAUGAAAAGAGGAAGAUAAAAGAACAAAAGGUGAAAAAACAGAAUGUUUAUCUUGAUGACACUGCCAGUUCUCCAUUCUCUAACCUCCCUAAGGAUGAUAGAUUUUAUAAUGAUAGAACUUCCAUGGAGAUGGUAACUGGCUUCUCUGGAACACAUUCAAAGGGUAAAUCUGCUUUAGGGAAGCACUUUGGAUUUUUGAAAACAUCUGUGAGUGGAAGAAGUUCAUCAGAAAAAUCUAGUGGUUUGAAGGGAAGGAAGAGGCAAUAAAAAUUGGCAAAGAGUACAUUUUUCUGUGUCAGCUGCAGUUGAAGAGAGUAAAGAAGAUUGAUGUUUGAGGGUGAAUAGGGUGGGCAUGAAAAGGGAAAAAAGAAAAAAAAAAUAGAUUUGUGAGGAUCUUGUUUUUAUCCUCUUUUAUUUUAUUUUUUUUUAAUCUUCUUCCUAGUUAUUAUUCCUGUCUAUGUAGUGGGAAACAACAGAAAAACAUAAAUGUGAAAAAAAAAAAAAAACUUUCUUUAUUUUAUUAUCUUUCCCACACCAAACAGAAGUCAGGAGAAAAAAAUAUUCACAACAAUAAUAUAUUUAGUCCAUAAUCUUCACUUCUUUA